AUGAUGAGCGGAAGGCGAGAGCGUGAAGGAACAGCGGCGAGAGCGGAGAUACCACGUCCCGCAGGGGAGAGCCUGAUUGCGGCCGGGGCACAGUGGCUGCCGUGCCUGACCCUCAUCCAGGUACUGGCAGCCAUCAUAACGCUCCCGGACCGCAACCGCGUGGCCGGGUACAUCAGGAAGAGCUGGCUGUAUCUGGCCAGGUUCGACACCAGGCGAUUCGGACUCCAACAUUAUGUCGACCUGGUCGAGGCGGGAUUAAAUAGCCCCCUCGUGAUACAUGCCAUCUGCCGGAUGAGCAACAUACAACUGAUGGUCCACCAAGGUGGUUUUGGUGGACCAUCGCACAUCUUCGGCGUAUCCGGCCCCAUCUAUCAAGCAAUCAAGAGGGCAACCGGAUACGUCGCCAUGGUUUGCCCUGGCGCCGAAGCAUUCACUGACGCAGAUCUGGAAGAAUAUCAACCCAUCCCGGCGCCAGUGGCCGCCUCAUCCGGCCCGAGUACCCGGCCAACAAAUACGCCGCAGCUGUUUAUAACGUCCCCCACCCCAAGUCCCGAACCCGAAGUCCCCCGCCCUUCGAUUAACACUAACUCACUACGUAACCCCCAUGAGGAAAGGCAGCCCGCUUCGAAACCCCAGCCACAAUUCCGGCUGCAGGACAUCUCAAACCUGCAGCCGGAUCAUGCAGCCGAGCUGGCGGCACCAGCUUCUCUACCAUAUGAGCAGUUAGCCGAAAAGGUUGAAUCUUAUGUUUGUUUCGACAAUUGCAUCGAAUGACUGCCGCCUGCCCGGCUGCAACAGGCCGACGACGGGUUUCAAAACCGUCUCGGCCUGGAAGCUCCACGUGCGCAGGGCUUCGUGUCACCAAAGCNAAACCCUGUGCACGUGGUGCGGGUACCGCGUGCUCGUCCCGGCGCACCUUUCCGUGGACGCAAUCAAAAUUCACAUGGACGCACAUCGAGCGGAAAGGUGCGUCGCCGCGCCCGCAAAACAACUCAGGGCGCGGAACCAUACCGUCGCCUACCUCAUGGAGCUGGGCCGCGACGUCAGCCACAUUGCGGUCCCAGCUGA